AUGGUACCCUUCUGUUUUUCAACAAUAUUUGCAGCAUUGGAAAACAGAUUUGACAGUUUUAUGCCUUCGGACAGAGCAGUUUUGAGUGAUUGGAGAAGAAAAUUAAGAAUAUUUGGACUGAUACUUGGGGAGAUGGACAGCUUCAGUGAAUCAAAACAGGCAUCAGGGAAUGGUGUUGAUCUGCAAACUAUUCUGAUUGCAGAAAUAUUGGAGUCUAAAGAUGAAAUUGAAGAUGAUGAAGAGCUGAGAGCAUAUGUUGAGAAGAAGAGAGAAGAUAGAAGCAGGAAGGACUUAAGAAUGGGAGAUGCCAUGACGUUAGAAGUAACACAGAAAACUGGAAAGUCGGGAAUCUCAGUCUCUUCUAUAUGA